UGAACAACAUGCACGUGGAAAUCUUGAAGGCUUUGGGAACCAGUGCGAAAGUUCGCAUUGGAGGUUCAAGGGUCGCAUGAAAGCUUGCUGCUCUGGCCCUCACAACGAUUCUCCAAGUUUCAAUAGAUUGUUCGCACUAGGGGCUCCUGGCAUCGCUACGAAGGGAGCGAUCGGAGGCUACUAGGGGCUGCUGGCCUUACUACUAGGAACAAGAAGCUACGAACGGCGCUCCUGGCAUAGAUGGUUCGCACCAUGGCAUCCACCUUUGGCAUACCAAAUGCAAGAAAAGCAAAGAAGGACUCGAGGAAGAAACACAGAAGAAAACAAGGCAGCGAUGAUGAUUCUGAUGAUGGUCUGGGUCCCGUCAUGCUCACCAAAAAAGAGUCCCGCAAGAGGAAUGCCGAAUUCGAAAAGAAAUGUGCCGCUGAAGCCUUUAGAUUCGAACAGGAGAGAGCGAAGUUGCUGUAUGGAAGGCUACCGCGACAUCUUGAGGAACGUCACGAAGACUACCUAGCAAGGCUGCCGCGUGUGGAGUUCAGCAGCGAUUCAAGUGAUACGAGUCCGCCACGCAAGAAGACGGCCAAGGCCAAGAAGAAGCCUCCUUGCACGAGCACGAGCAAGAAGCGGUCCGUGGCCGGUCUGAGACUCGGUCUCGAGGCUGUCUUCGGCUCGCCACGUCAGCCCAAUGUGAAGGAGGCUGAAGAGCCUGAGGAACCCAAAAAGCUGAAGCAGAAGAAGAGCAGUAAGGAGAGCUGA